UAGAAAGGAGAGUGCGGCGGUGGAGACCGAAGCUCCGUUCUUCUCGCCGCGGAAAGCCUGUCUUCUUCUUCUUCUUCUUCUUCUUCUUCUUCUUCAACCUGCGAUCAAGGACACAAUUACAGGGGUUCACUGCUUAGCGGUUCCAUCUCCAUUGGAUUAAGCCAGAAUUUUCAAUAGAUGAGGUAUUUGAAGCCAUUGAACUUGUUCCGUGAUUUGUUGGAAACAAAAGCAUUAGAACGAGGCCGUUUGCUUGGGUUAGAUGUUGGUGAUAGGUAUGUUGGGCUUGCUGUUUCAAACCCGCAAAACAAAAUUGCUUCACCUUUAAGUGUUUUGGUUAGGAAGAAAACAAAUAUUGAUUUGAUGGCUGGUGAUUUUCAGAGCCUGAUCUCUGAACUUUCUCUGGAGGGCUUCAUUGUUGGCUAUCCUUUUGACCGACAACGGACCGUUCCUAAUGCUGUCCAUGUGAAGCUUUUUAUCGAUGAUCUUUGUAAGACGGGGAAGCUUAAGGAUGUCAAGUACACAUAUUGGGAUGAAUGCUUUACAUCAAAGAAUGUAGAGUUGCUACUCAAGCCUUUGAAUUUGCACCCGGUUCAGGCAAAGACAAUAAUGGAUAAGUUUGCUGCUGUUGGUAUACUUCAGGUACUUUCUUGUUUAUCACUUGCAAAGAUUUAUUAGUUGAAAGUUUCUUACAUAUUUUGAUGCAGUUACUUUCAAAAAAACAUAUUUGAUGCAGUUGCUUGCAGUUUUGUUGAGUAUCCUAUUUAAUAUGUGAUUUCUGGGUAUCCUAAAUACAGGUUAAUGUUUUCCCCGUUAGGUUGGAUAUUAAGUAUUUGACCAUUAUAUAUGUGGUGAAAGUACACAAACAACACACAUAUAUUGAGGUAAAAGGGCGCUGAGAGGACCAUAGAGAACUUUAACAGUUCACAAUGUGUGUACUUUAUGGAGCCACCUAAGAAAUUUCUACUAUUGAAGAACUUAAUCAUACUGAACA